AUGGGAAAGCCACAGCGCACGCCAGCAGCGAAGUUCGACGAAAUUCCCGGGGAGUUACCCCAUGGGACGAGGACCUGGCUGGAGGGCUUUGAUGGCUGUGGGCACCCUGACGUUGCCGUAACAGCAGCAACAUCGAAUGGAGGCGAGAACUUAAACGACGACUACGAUGCCAUCGUGGUGGGUGGCGGCCAAGCAGGCCUUUUUACCACCGGUCGUUUGAAGGCUCUCGGCGUCAGAUAUGUCUUGCUCGAAAGACGCCCAGAGAUCGGCCACGUAUGGGCGACACGCUACGAGUCUCUACGCUGGCACACAUCGAAGCACUAUGGCGCUCUACCCUUCGGUCACACGUAUCCGGAAGAAGACGAUUACAUGCUGCCAGCUAAGCGUAUCGGAGCAGGCCACAAAGCUUGGGUAGAGAAGCAUGGCAUCAACGUGCGGACGAGUACUUCAGUUGACUCAGCGACCUGGGACGAAGCGACGAGUACGUGGACAGUCGUUGCGUCGUCCCCGGACGGACAGCACACUAUGACAGCCAAGAACCUAGUUCUCGCCAUCGGUCCAGGCCACUUGACUCCAAGCAGACCAGAUUGGGCUGUGCCUGACAAGGUAGCAGCAAGCGGCUUCAAAGGCACAGUGCUUCAUGGAUCGGAAUAUAAAUCCAGCCUCGCCUGGUCUGGGCAACGUGGUGUCGUUGUUGGAACAGCAAACACUGGCCACGAUGUGGCAGAGGACAUGGCCAACGCUGGCAUGCAGACCACGAUGGUACAACGAGGAGCCACCUUCGUGUUUCCCGCGGAAUGGCUACACAGCUCCGAAGACGUCAUGUACAACGCAACAAUUGAUCCUACUCAAGCAGACCGAGAAGCUUUCACUUACGCGAACAAGAUCAUGCGAGAGAUCAUCAACCGUGGUGUAUGGAAGGGCAUUGCAGGCAGCCCCGAAAGAUUCGACGACCUCGAGAAAGCUGGCUUCAAGGUCGAGCGGUAUGGCGACAUCUACAACAAUCUCUACGUGCGGUUCGGGGGUCACUAUGUUGACAUUGGUGCCUCUGCGAGGAUCGCCAAGGGCGAGAUCAAGGUAAAGGCCCAGAGUGUCAAGGCUCUGACGAAGGAUGGACUGCUCUUUGACGACGGGAGUGAGGUACCUGCGGACUUGCUAGUGCUUGCUACAGGCUUUGAUCACGACUUCCGGAACGAUGCUGCAAAUGUUGUAGGUGUGGACGUCGCCAAUCAAAUGGAUGACUUCUGGGGCGUUGAUCGGGAAGGUGAGAUCAUUGGGCAUGCUAAGCUGGCUGGCCUUGAGUACUUCCAAGUUGUAAAUCAAACAGUUGCGUUCAUGGACCUCAGGCUGCCCGUUUGCAGACCCACACUUGUACUAUCACGGCGGCGACAUACGCAUGGCACGUUUCUUUUCGAGAUUUAUUGCAUUGCAGAUACAGGCUGA